UUUAAUAACUCGCUGACAGCCGGUAGUGAGAAGGGAACUGACCAGGAACCGGUUAAUUCUCAUUUCUCCAUCUCCAGAAAUGACACAAGACACUGCUUUAGAGAUGAAAGAUGUUGAACUUAAUGAGUUUGACCAGGAAAAGGUUCCUAUGGCUGCUGGGGUAGAAGAUGCCCUUGUUGGUAGUGGGGGAGAGAAGAACGGUGUGGUCAAGGUGAAAUUGGAAGAUGAUGACGCAGUUGGAGACACACGGGCUCAAAAGUUCACCGGCCUAUCCAAAGAGGAGCUGCUCCGUGUAGCUGGCACACCUGGGUGGGUGAAAGUCCGGUGGGUACUGCUGAUCCUCUUCUGGUUGGGUUGGGCUGGCAUGCUGGCUGGAGCCGUGGUCAUUAUUGUCCAAGCCCCACGAUGCCAACCUUUACCUGUGCUGGAGUGGUGGCACAAGGGACCCCUCUACCAACUUGGUAAUCCUGAGACCUUCCAAGAUUCCAAUGGAGAUGGCAUCGGAGAUAUCAAAGGUAUUCAGCAACGUCUGGAGUCUCUCAGCUCACUAAAAGUCAAAGGUCUUGUGAUUGGUCCGCUACAUGUCAACCAACCAGAUGACAACACUCAAACCUACCUUACUGAAAUUGACCAGCGUUACGGGAAUUUUCAGGACUUCCUUGAUUUACUAGAGGCAGCCAGAAAAAAGAGUAUCAAGCUCAUUAUAGAUCUGAGCCCUAAUUACCGUGGUAACAAUAUUUGGUUUGAAAAUACUCUGACAUCCGAAAAAGCGUUCCAGGACAAAAUCAAGGAUGCUAUGGAAUUCUGGCUAAAACAGUGUAUCGGAGGAAUAUAUUUUGGUGGGAUUGAAAAUCUGGACAAUCUGUCUGAGCUAUUUGAGGAAUGGAAAAACAUUACUGCCAAUUCCAGUUCAGAAUGUGAGAACAGGGCUUUACUGGUCUCUACCAAUGAACAUCUUGAUGACAACGUUCUCACCCUUCUCAAUACCACUGGUUCGGGACUUCUUUCUUCUCGAUACUUGUUAAGCAAAGAAAACGCAAGUAAAGAGUCUCUGGGCGAGCGUAUAAAUCAGUACAUAAAUACAGACGCAGAGCAGUGGAACAGUUGGGCGGUGGGUGGGCCGCAAGUGGGUCACAUGGCUUCUUUGGUCAAAGAAAAGUUACUGCGCGCAUACCAGCUCCUACUGUUCACGUUGCCAGGAACGCCAGUCAUGUUCUAUGGAGAUGAAAUAGGCUUAAAGGACCAACCUGAAGCGUUACAGAGCCCCUACAUGCGAUGGGAUGAUACGGAAAAUGGAGGCUUCUCCACUGAUGUAAAGCGCGGAGAUUUUGAUAACAGGACUAUUUCUUUUAAGGCGCAAGAAGAAGACAAGAAGUCGCUCCUUAGCACAUAUAAGAGCUUGAGUGAACUGCGGGGUAAAGAGCGAUCGCUGCUACACGGUGACUUUGUGUCACUAGUCGUCAACACUCAGUCAUUAGCGUACCUGCGAAAGUGGGACCAAAAUGAGCGAUUCAUUUCUGCAUUGAACUUUGACCUUUCAGAGAAAGUGACUAUGACCCUAAAGGGGCACGAUCUCCCAGAACAGGGGUCUGUGGUGCUAAGUUCAGACCCAGAGAGAAAAGAAGGGAGCACAAUUUCCUUAACCAAUCUGAUGUUAGGCCCAGGGGAAGCCUUGCUCAUUAAAUAUCCUUAUAAUAGUUAAACCCCGCCUCCCUAAAGAGGCACCACUAACACAUUCCACAUGCUGACUCUAUUCCCUUACGUGCAGUUAACCCCUAGGCUGUAGGAGAGUGCAGCAACAUAAUGCACAGCCAGUGGGGUUAACCCUUUCAUUUCCUACAGCUGCCCCAUAACUCCCUUUGCACACACCGUGACAAAAUUUGAAGCAGUUCCUUUUAUGACAUUUUUGUGAAACGCGUUAAGAGCAAUAAGCAAAACAGUUUUUAUCUUUUUAGCUCGUUUUAAUACAAAUAUAGACGCUCUAAUGUUUAGAUACGAAUGGGGGAAACAGAAAAGCAUUCACAUAAUUCUAAUUUGAGUUCUAUAACACACAUGUUAAAAAUAGGUUUUUAUUUUAAAUAGUGCUUUUAUCCUUUUAAGGUUUGGAUAGCUGGGCUGUGUGCAGAGAAGGGUUAUUAAUGCUGCAGGUUUCUGUGUGUGUGGUUGCAUGCCGCUGGUCAGCAAACUUUUACUUUUACAAUAAAGCUGGUUAAUCAUU